ACGUUCCUGCCGCGCGUUCUGGUUUUUAAAUCCCACCAAUAGCGAGCUGACAGCUUCCCGGAGCAUCACGGGUAGUGGGCGGUGCAGCUGCGCAGGGGUUCUGCGGUUCAUGGAAGACCAUCGUAAGAUGCUGCACUGCAUAACCGAGCUUUGCCAGCAUUUUCUGUUCUUUUUCGAGUUUGUCUUUGAUUUAAAGUGGGAUCGACAGUAGACGGUGCCUUUGAGCGAAGUCCUGCGGGCGUAAAUAUUGACCUUUCGAGCCCAGGAAGAGCAAACAUUUCCCCUCACGUUGUGAAAGCAUGGCGCCUUUUGUAGAUUUGAACAUCGUCAACACCACGGACAGAAAGAGAUUGCAAAGUCUAAUAGAAACAGCGGCACACCUUGGUUAUUCAACAGUUGCACUUAAUCACGUGGUUGAGUUUCAAGGGAAAAGGCAGGAAAUAGCCAAACCAACAUCUAUUGCAGAACUUUUCCCAUCACCGCCUAUUGUGCAGGGGAAAUCAAAACCAAUUAAAAUUGUGACCAGACUUACUGUGAUUGUCUCUGAUGCCUCUCACUGCAAUGAUCUGAGAACUACCUCCCCGCAUACCAGAUCAUAUGACAUUGUGGCUGUGUUACCAAAAACAGAGAAGUUGUUUCAUGUAGCUUGUAUGACCUUGGACAUCGACUUAAUUUGUAUUAAUGUGAUCGAGAAACAACCAUACCAUUUUAGACGGCCUUCAGUCAAUGGGGCUAUUGAGAGAGGAAUUUACUUUGAACUAGCAUAUUCCCCUUCUAUUAAAGAUUCUACAAUGAGAAGAUAUACCAUUUCAAAUGCACUUAGCCUGAUGCAGAUAUGUAAAGGAAAGAACAUAAUUAUGUCAAGUGCAGCAGAAAGGCCUUUGGAACUGAGAGGUCCUUAUGAUAUUGCUAACCUUGGAUUGCUUUUUGGCUUAUCAGAAGGAGAUGCCAAAGCAGCUGUGUCAACCAAUUGCCGAGCAGUCCUUUUGCAUGGAGAAACCAGAAAGACUGCAUUAGGUGUGAUCUGUACAGUGAGGAAAGUUCCAGCAAUUGAAGAGAAGGAUGAAGAAAGACCUCUUUCCAAACGAGCCAAGACCAAAAGUGACUGACAAUGAAAAAACAUCAUUGUCGGAUUUCAAAGUUUGCAAGCUUGUACACCUUUUUUUGUAAAUAAUGCUGUUGAAAUAGGGCUGUGUUCUUUAAAUUGUACUUUUGUAAUUACCACUUCACAUUUUAUUCCAUCAGCAGUGAUUUUGAAUGCACAAAAUUAAGUUCUGCAGCACAUUUUGUUCCACUAACACAUGUUUAAAAUCUUUAAAAUCUAACUUUUCACAUUGUGAGAAAAUGAUUUUCAAAGAUGCUAGUGAGUACGAGUUCAGACCGUGGAUAUCCUUCAAUGAAUAUUACAACUGACGUAGUUCUUAUCCAUUGUGCUAGGUUUUAUUAAAUUUUUUUAAGACUCAGUAAGACUAACAAUCAACAUUGAUUUUCAUUUAUGCCUGUAGUGCACAACAAAUAUUGUCUGUUUUCCUAGACAAUAUGUUUAUCUGAAUCUUAUUUAUCAUACAAUCCUAAUAAACUAUUGUGUGAAUCAGUA